GACCAUUCUACGAAGCAGCAAGGAGGCGUCGGCCGCACCACUAGCACUCAGGGAUCACCUUUAAAUACGGGUCAAAGGACAUCUACCAAUGUGCUUUACGUCCCUUCGUCACAGCGGCGAAUUAGGUGGCAGGUCUUCCUUCCACUCGGGAGUACUUGGGGAAUCCGUCACGAAUGAGUCAAAAGAAAAAACACCACGCUCGUGUUCCUCCUCCCCGGCUUGUGUGUGAACAAGUCUCCAAAAUGUUAUCUGCGUCAAUUCAUACGUCGGCGAAAAAUCGAAAAGUAAUGCCUUUACGUCCCAGGAGUUUAAUAAACUUUAUUGUUACGUCGCUCACUCGUCAUCGGCAGUUAGAUUCUGGUUCACCGUAAGACGGGGAUGAGAACGCCAAAGACAGAGUUCAACGGAGUGGCAUCAAGACUGGCUGGCACGCAUUGGUGGAACACUGGAAAACGCAUUAUGUCACGCAGCAGCAGCAGACUGUGCAGUACGAGACGCAAGGUUUACGUCACACGGACACAGCACACUGUGCAGUGCUUGAAGCGUUUGGGAUCCACUGUUCGGAGCGAGACCUGCGUGGCUAUGUUACAAAAUUCCAAGCAAACCUCCAUCAGAGAAUUUUGAAAACACCUUCAAAUUUCUCUUCCUUUCGAACUCAAUUUUAAAGGAGGGUCGUGUCCACACAGGACACCUGGGGUGCAAACAAAACCAUUUAUCAACAGACAUUCAUUAGCGACUUGUUCCCUUUAAUUGUAUAACAUGAGUGCAUCGAGUGUCCUGCCCGUAACUAGCGCCCACGAACCUCCUCUCGGGACGGCUGUCAUCGGUCGACUGGCCGCUUCCCCGAGCAGAACCUCCGCCGCCGCGCGCUCGGGCUCCUCGCCUCCGAGUGGCCGCGGAGGCUCACGAAAUGGCGGACGCCCACGCAUGCGCACUCGCGCGGCCUCGUGUUCUGUCAUAAUGGCACGGUCGGCCUCCUCUCGUCGCCAUGAAAAUCACAAAGAAGCUCCUGCCUCUCAAGGCCCAUUAUUUCUUCUUCCUUGGGUACCACCAACGCCCCCUGAACCGCCCCCCCCGACCGUGUUCUCCCCUUCAGGCAUGUCCCCCGUCCUUCCCUUCCUGAUGGUGGUGGCGCUGCAGUUGGGGAUCCCCGUGUCGGUACAAGGGACCAUCUACGCCACGUCCCUCCUCCUGACGGUGCUGGGGAAGCCUCUCAUCGCCGCCCUGGCCGACUGCUUCCCCAGCUUCCGCAAGGCCAUCUUCCUCGUCGUCAUCACCAUCAUGGUCAUGUCCUACAGCUGCGUCAGGUUCAUUCCUCCUAUGAAAGAUCCUCCGGUCUUGAGGGGGAGGUUCGUUCUCGCUCCCGCUGGGCACCUUGGCAAGCCCUCUGCGUCUCCUUCGCCUGCGUCUGGUUCUCUCUCUGUCUCGCCUUCGUCGCUGGCGCUGACGUCGGGAAGCCAGGUCGAGUCAGGUCAAGAGGUCAAGGGGGAAAGGCCAAUGCUCGUGACUCAGGAUGACGGCGGGUGCUUCAUCGCCAUGUCCUGGGACUGCAUAGCGACGUGCACCCAGCCCUGGGCAUGUCUCAACAGCAAUAUGACCUCUGGCACUGACCUGAAGGCGACCCACGUCCCCAGUGACCUCGGCGACGCAGCAGAGGACGGCGGCGAAGCGGAGGGCGUGGCGUCUGAAGGGAGCUGGCUGCUGACGACGCCCAAUGCUCGCUUCUACAGGCUCGAGGGCGCAGACGUUCCACCGGUGGAGCUCGUGGAUGUGAAUAUUACGCUGGAGUGUACAGGCGGGGAGUGGGAGGGAGACGCCUGCAUAUCAGCGUGGAGUUAUGCGGAGUUCUGGCUGUAUUUUCUCCUCUUGAUCGUCGGUCAGCUGUGCUUCAACACGGCAAACUCCAUCACAGACGCCAUUGCUGUUGAUUCAGUAGGUGAGAGUGGGGGG